GCUCAGCAGUUCAAAUACAAAGUCAUGUUCCGAGAACCAGACACUUGGUGGAAGUUUAAACCAAAGGAACUUGAAAGGCGAAACAUUCAUGGUGUGUCUAAGGAAAAGAUUAAAAGAAUGUUGGAACGGUAUGAACGCUGCCUUACUGUUAGUUCAGUAUUGGAUUCCUCAGUCCCAGACAGAUCAGAAGCUACUGGCUGGAGUGAUGAUCCUUGUCAGGAGGAAAGCCCUAGAAGGAGAGAGGCACAUUCUGAUGUAAAGGAAGAAAAGUCUUUUGCUUCCGAUGCGGAACCUCUUGAAUUAGCUGAAGGUGAUAGACCUUUUCCCAGUACUUCUCUAGCGUUAGAAAGUAACUGUGAUCCUGAACAUUUUCAGAAAAAGGAAAAAGAAAUGGGAAAUAACUCAGUGGAACACAAUUCUCAGAACAGCACUGUUCAAGACAACUUGGAUGUUUCUUUAUCAGAUUGCUUAGAAAAAGAGCUGCCUUUGGAGAAGAAAGAAGAAAGGGAAGAAAAAAUAGAAAAAAACACUGAAAUAGAAAUGGAUAAGGUUGAUGUGACCAUGACGGAAGAGAUUGUGUGCUUGCAUACAGAAGGAGUUGAACACAGUGAUAACAACAUUCUCAAAGUUCAGACUGAAGUUGAAAAAUCCGGUGACAUAUGUACAGAACCAAAGUCAACACAAAGUAGUAAUAUACUGGAACAGAGCAGUUCACCUUUUGACAAGUCAGGAAAACCAGAAUUACUGAACUUUCUGGGUGACUGGCCUGUAGAACAAACCAUGGGACAGAGAGUCAAAAGAGCUAGAAAACUAGAAAAAUCUCUAAAGAGCGACAAGGAAGGUAAAACUCCCAGUCAGCAGCAUCCUGAGUUAGGUAAAGAGAAAGUGGGCCUGCCUGGGACCUGUACUGUAGAAAAAGGACAUGAGGAAGAAAAUCGAGCCUCUACCUUUUCCUCUUUUAGUUCAGAUAAAGUUACACUGGAAUUGCAAAUGAUGGGACAUUGGCCUGUCUCAGGAUCAUUAGAACAGAGACAGCAAAGGUCAAGGAGAAUGAGAAAGACAAGUCUGAAUCAGUCUGAUGAAGGUAGAAAUACUGAAGAUGACAUUAAUAGAAAUGCUCUUGAGACUGUAGAUGUGCUUCGUGGGACACCUGUGAACAGCACUGAGCAACCGGAUACAAAGAGUUUGCAUAUUCACCAACCUGAAACAGUAGCUAGUGAAACAGUAGGUGAGAAAAAACCCCAGCAAAUUAAGAGAAUGAGGAAACAUCACAAAUUAGCCCUCACUUUUACAAACAACAACUUGUCUCAUCCCAAAGAAGAGGAACACUUGUCUAUGCUCAACACAACGGAAGAGAAACAUGACACAUGCUCAUGUAGACAGAAAAGUAGUCAUUCACAGACUGAAUCACAGGACUUUGCUCUCCUGUGGCGAUUAGAAAAGAAAAUGCUUUUUCCUGAGACUACCAAAGUUUUGUAUGGCAGACUAGAUGGCUUCAAACCCAAAGACGUAGAUAAUGCCUCAGAUUCUCAGGAAGAAAUACCAUAUCGAGUUAUGUAUGACAGAAGUACAUUUGUGGAAGAAAAUGAACUUACCAAUAUUGAUGAGUCUGAAAAACUAAAUAUGCUGUGUAAACUCUUUGAUUCUGUUUCAUUUGAAGCUCUGAAAGAUCUGUAUGAAAGAUGUAACAAAGACAUAGACUGGGCCACUGGUCUGCUGUUAGACUCUGAUGAAAAGUUAUGCGAAGAUGUUGAUACCGAAUGCUUUCAAGUAAGAGAAGCUGAGCCAGUUGUCACAGACCUUGAUUUUAAGGCAACUACAAACUAUGGUGAGCAUCUCAAAGACUGUGAGCAAACACCACAAAUAAUUGGGACUGGUGAUAUCUCUGAGCCUUCAGAAGAGAAGGAAUCAUCACUCAGCACUGCAGAAAGUAGGGCUACCAAGGCAACUGCGACAGAUGCUAAUGUGUCUGACUCGUUGACUAUUACUUCAGUGAAAGAUUCGGCAGAACCGAAAAAUUCUGGGGAUGCAGCCCCUAGAAGUGAUACAGGCAGCUCCGCAGCAGGUAGCAUUGAGCCAUGUGCUUCAGAAACGCAGAAGAUGGAGUGUGAGAGUCCUGUUGAAGAAACUGUAAAUCAGCCAUCAGUCUCACAACUUGAUGCAGGUUUAUGUCUACCCAUGACUCUGCCUCACAGUCUUAACACAACUUCUACCAAUUUGAAAUUGGAAUUAAAUAACAAAAGUGACAGUAACCCAUCAGAAAGCAAUGCAGAGAAUUCCAAAGUGACUGCUGAAAUGGAUCAUGCACAUCUGGUGGGUCCUGGUAGUGGUAAAGAACUGGAGUCAAAGAAGGAAACCCAGGGGAGCUCCAGGGAGAUACAUGGUGAAGAAGACACUGAGACUCCAAGCUGGGAUGAAACUAAACCCAAGAUACAAAGCCCUAUACCAGCAUCACGUGCAGCCUUCAGUAUAGAUUGCUUAGAACUAACAUUGCCUCCUGAACUGGCACUCCAAUUAAAAGAAAUAUUUGGGCCUGUUGGCAUUGAUGCAGGAUCACUAACUGUUGAGGAUUGUGUGGUUCAUAUUGAUCUGAAUUUGGCAAGAGUAAUUCAUGAAAAAUGGAAAGAAUCUAUUCUGAAGCGUCAGAGGAGAGAUGAAUCAUGUAAGUUGUCAGCAGAAGGUCCUACUGUGAUUCAGCAGAUAGAUACAGAUGACUCAGAAGUGCUGUUAUCUCAGAAUGCAGACAGUAAAAUGCAGAAGAAAAAAACGAGCUGGGUUUCAGGCUCAACUGAUGACAUACAGACUGAAAAACCAGCAACAUCAGAUGUUUUUCCUUUUAUGGAUCACUGGAAUGCUCAGAUUCAGAAAGUUUCUCUCAGACAAAUAAUUUCUGAAGAAAUAGCUAUGCAGAAGAAGCAAGACCUGAAUCGUAUUCCUUCUAUGGCUCGAAAGGACUGUGCUGCUAAACUAAAAGAGAAGCAACUAUUUGAGAUGUUUCCAACUAUUAAUCAAAAUUUCUUAAUGGAUGUCUUCAUGGACAACAACUACUCUUUAGAACAAACGGAACAGUUUCUGAACUGUGUUCUGGAGGCAGAUCCUGUAAAAACAGUUAUAGCUCAAGAAAAUGUUCAGCAAAAUGAAAUAGUUUCUUCCUACAGUGCUGCAAAGAGCUGGGAGAAGAAGGCAAAAAAAAGUAAGGAAGAGGAUGAUCCUUUGAGUGAAGUAUUUCAAGAUUUUGAGUAUCCACAAUACGAGGAUUUAAGAGCAGAAGCUUUUUGUCACCAGCAAAAGAGACAGGAAUGUUUCAGAAAGGCUGGGGAGGCCUAUCGCAUGGGUAUGAAGCCUGUGGCAGCAUUUUAUGCGCAUCAGGGUCGCCUUCAUGAGCAGAAGAUGAAAGAAGCCAACCAUGCUGCUGCUGUGCAAAUCUUUGAGAGAGUAAAUACUUCCUUGCUGCCUGUGAAUGUAUUGGAUCUGCAUGGGCUUCAUGUGGAUGAAGCUGUGGAUCACUUGUCCAGAGUGCUGCAGGCAAAAAGUGAAGAGUACCAGCAGACUGGUGGUAAACCAUAUCUCUGUGUCAUCACGGGAAGAGGAAGCCAUAGUCAGGGAGGAGUUGCUCGCAUCAGACCAGCAGCCAUCAGAUACCUCACAAGCCACAACUUCAGGUUCACAGAAAUAAAACCAGGCUGCCUGAAAGUCAUGCUGAAUUGA